UUUUGUGUGACACCGAAGGCCGGCUGGGCUAGCACAUUGGCGCCGGAUCCCGGAAGUACUCUUCCCGCACUGCUCCGGCACGGGCUCCUCCAUGAGGCAUGCUGAAACGCCCGGUGAGCACUUUCCACCCGGCCGCGAGCUGAGCGGAGCCCUGGCUGAGGCGGAGAUGGAGAGCCCUGUGGAAGGCCGCACGGCCAGCGUGCUGUUCGCGGGGUUCCGGGCCUUGGGGCUCUUCAGCAACGACGUUCCACACGUGGUGCGGUACAGCGCGCUCAAGCGCCGCUUCUAUGUGACGACUUGCGUGGGCAAGAGCUUCCACACGUAUGACGUUCAGAAACUUAGUCUGGUUGCAGUAAGUAACUCUGUUCCACAGGAUAUCUGUUGCAUGGCAGCUGAUGGGAGGCUAGUCUUUGCUGCAUAUGGAAAUGUUUUCUCUGCAUUUGCCCGUAAUAAAGAGAUAGUACAUACUUUUAAGGGCCAUAAAGCAGAAAUCCAUCUUUUGCAACCCUUUGGGGAUCACGUUAUCUCAGUGGAUACUGACAGCAUUCUUAUUAUUUGGCACAUAUAUUCAGAAGAAGAAUACCUUCAGUUGACAUUUGAUAAAUCAGUUUUUCAAAUUUCUACAAUUUUGCAUCCAAGCACCUACUUGAAUAAAGUCCUGCUGGGCAGUGAACAGGGAAGCCUACAGUUAUGGAAUGUAAAAUCCAAUAAACUUCUAUAUACAUUUCCAGGGUGGAAGGUUGGAGUGACAGCCCUUCAGCAGGCACCAGCUGUGGAUGUUGUUGCCAUUGGUCUUACGUCUGGUCAAGUCGUCAUUCACAACAUUAAGUUUGAUGAAACAUUAAUGAAGUUCCGUCAGGACUGGGGACCCAUUACUUCCAUUUCAUUUCGCACAGAUGGUCAUCCUGUAAUGGCAGCUGGAAGCCCGUGUGGCCAUAUUGGACUCUGGGAUCUGGAAGACAAAAAAUUAAUCAAUCAAAUGAGAAAUGCACACUCCACAGCAAUAGCCGGGCUGACAUUUCUCCACAGAGAACCACUGCUUGUUACAAAUGGCGCUGAUAACGCUCUUAGGAUCUGGAUAUUUGACGGCCCUGCUGGGGAAGGACGACUGUUGAGAUUCAGAACGGGACAUAGUGCUUCUCUUACCAAGAUCAGAUAUUAUGGACAAAAUGGACAGCAGAUUUUAAGUGCAAGUCAAGAUGGAACUCUGCAGUCCUUUUCUACAGUCCAUGAAAAAUUCAACAAGAGCUUGGGGCAUGGGUUAAUUAAUAAAAAGAUAGUUAAACGUAAAGGACUUCAGAACACCACGUCAGUAAGGCUUCCACCUAUCACCAAGUUUGCUGCUGAGGAAGCUCGUCAAAGUGACUGGGAUGGUAUCAUUGCUUGCCACCAAGGCAAGCUGUUUUGCUCAACCUGGAAUUACCAAAGAUCUACAAUAGGUGCUUAUUUUCUCAAGCCAAAAGAAUUAAAGGCAAAUGGCAUCGUUGCAACUGCAGUGGAUAUAACUUCCUGUGGAAACUUUGCAAUAAUUGGCCUCUCAUCAGGAACUGUAGAUGUGUAUAACAUGCAGUCUGGUAUACAUCGAGGAAGUUUUGGAGAUGAUAAAGCUCACACAGGUUCUGUUAGAGGUGUUUCGGUGGAUGGAUUAAACCAGCUGACAGUUACAGCUGGUAGUGAACGAUUACUCAAAUUCUGGAACUUUAAAAGCAAGGUUUUAAUCCAUUCUUUGAACCUUGAUUCAUCUCCAAAUAUGAUGCUGCUACACAGGGACAGUGGCAUUCUGGGACUUGCCUUGGAUGACUUCUCCAUCACUGUCCUAGACAUAGAAACUAGGAAGAUUGUCAGAGAGUUCUCUGGACACCAGGGCCAAAUAAAUGACAUGACGUUCAGUCCUGAUGGCCGUUGGUUAAUAAGUGCUGCAAUGGAUUGCUCUGUUAGGACUUGGGACCUUCCAUCUGGCUGCCUUAUUGACUGCUUCCUGUUGGACUCGGCUCCUCUCAAUGUCACUAUGUCCCCAACUGGAGACUUUCUAGCAACUUCCCAUGUGGAUCACCUUGGGAUUUACCUGUGGUCGAAUAUUUCCCUCUAUUCAGUUGUCUCCUUACGACCACUUCCUCCAGAUUAUGUCCCUUCAGUAGUGAUGCUUCCUGGGACUUGUCAAACCCAAGGUCUGGAAGUGUUGGAAGAACAGAUGGAGCCAAGUGAUGAAAUGAUAGAGUAUGAGUCGCCACAACAGUUGAGUGAGCGCCUGGUGACUCUGUCACUUCUCCCUGAGUCACGCUGGAAAAACCUUCUGAAUCUUGAUGUUAUCAAGAAAAAGAAUAAACCAAAAGAACCACCCAAGGUACCCCAGUCAGCACCAUUUUUCAUCCCAACGGUUCCUGGGCUUGUACCCAGGUUUGCUGUACCUGAGCAGAAUGGGGACCCCCAGCAGUCAAAGGUGGUAAAUCUUGGGAUUUUGGCUCAAAAAUCAAAUUUCUUCCUGAAACUUGAAGAAGGAUUGCUAAAUAACCAGUAUGAAGCUGCUCUUCACCUUCUGAAAGAAUUAGGCCCAUCAGGAAUUGAAACAGAGCUGCGAAACUUGUCUCCCGAUGAUGGUGGCUCAGUAGAAGUCAUGCAAGCCUUUCUGAAAAUGAUCAGGAUGAUGUUGGACAGAAAACGUGACUUUGAGUUAGCCCAGGCAUACCUUGCAUUGUUUUUAAAGUUACACCUCAAAAUGCUUCCUUCAGAGGCAGUGCUGUUAGAAGAACUGGUAAAGUUGUCAUCACAGGUAGAAGAAGACUGGACUCAUUUACAGUCUCUCUUCAAUCAAAGCAUGUGUAUUUUAAAUUAUAUCAAAAGUGCUUUGUUGUAAAAAAUAAACUUAGUGAUUACAGAAAUCAAA